AUGGUCCGCAUCAAGGAGCGCUACCUCCUCGUCAACAUCCUCUACCCGACUGAGCUGUCGGCCGAGCCGUCGCCCAAGACCCCCGACCUCAUCGCCCUCAACCAGCCGACGACCGACAAGUUUGACCGCAAUGCGCUGCUGCGCGAGCUGCGCGCCCAAGUCGCGAUCCUCUUUGGCGAUUUUGGGUCGGGCGCCAUCUCCAGCCUGCAGGUCAAGUACCUGUCCCCGGCCACCUCGACGUUUAUCCUGCGCGUCAAUCGCGCCCACUACCGCCUUGUCUGGUCCGCGCUGACCAUGAUGGACCACGUGCCCGUCCGCGACGGCAAACUCUGCACGUUCCGUGUUGUGCACGUCAGCGGGACCAUAAGAAGGGUUGAAGAAGAGGCCAUCAGGCGCGCCCGGGACAUGAUGCUCGCGGUCAAGGAUCAGGCCGGCGCAAAGGGCAACAGCGCUUUGGCUGCCAUCAUGAACGAAGGCAAACGAACACGCCAAACCGCUUCGAAAGAAAACACUGUGGACAUUGAUGAUGAAUCCGAGCUUGAAGACGAGGAGAUGGCAGACUUCAGCGAUAGCUGA